GCAGGGAAAUCACGAGGCGGCAGCUGGGCUCGUGAGUCUCUCUCGGGCCAACCCCGACCCAAGGCUCGCGACCGCCUCCUCCUGCUCAGAUCUCGCCGCCGGCAGAAAUGCGCCCCUCCUCUAGCUGCGGGCGCGGCCGCCUCCUCCUCCUCCUCGCGCUCGCCGCCGUUCUCGCCGUCGCUUCUCCGCCCCGCGCGUCCGCCUCAGAGUCUGACCACAAGUACAAAACUGGAGAUCCAGUUAAGCUCUGGGUGAAUAAAGUUGGCCCUUACAAUAAUCCUCAAGAAACCUACAACUAUCACAGCCUUCCAUUUUGUCAGCUGUCUGAGAAUCCUCCUCAUAAAUGGGGUGGUCUUGGAGAGGUCUUGGGUGGAAAUGAGCUGAUUGAUAGUCAGCUUGACAUAAAGUUCUUAAGCGAUGUGGAAAAGGGCUCAAUUUGUACACUUGAACUAGAUUCUAAAAAGAUUCAACAAUUUGCUGAUGCCAUUGAAAACUCAUAUUGGUUUGAAUUUUUCAUCGAUGAUCUACCUCUUUGGGGUUUUGUUGGAGAGACUGACAAGAACAGUGAAAACAAGCAUUAUCUUUACACACACAAGAACAUUCUUGUUAAAUAUAAUGAUAACAGGAUAAUUCAUGUUAAUCUCACCCAAGAGUCUCCUAAGCUCCUUGAAGCUGGUAAAAAGUUUGAUAUGACAUAUUCAGUCAAGUGGGUAGCAACAGAAGUCUCAUUUGCACGCCGUUUUGAAGUUUACCUGGACUAUCCUUUCUUUGAGCACCAGAUUCAUUGGUUCUCCAUUUUCAAUUCUUUCAUGAUGGUUAUUUUUCUCACGGGUUUGGUUUCAAUGAUAUUGAUGCGAACACUCAGAAAUGAUUAUGCAAAAUAUGCUCGUGAUGAUGAUGAUCUGGAGUCACUGGAGAGAGAUGUUAAUGAGGAAUCUGGAUGGAAGCUUGUCCAUGGCGAUGUAUUUCGUCCUCCUCGAAGCUUGACAUUUCUUUCUGCUCUUGUUGGUAUCGGUACUCAGUUGGCAGCUCUUAUCCUACUUGUCAUUGUAUUGGCCAUUGUUGGCAUGUUAUAUGUUGGGCGGGGGGCUAUCAUCACAACCUUCAUUGUGUGCUAUGCUCUUACAUCUUUUAUUUCAGGAUAUAUUAGUGCUGGUCUUUACUCAAGGAAUGGUGGCAAAAACUGGAUAAAAGCUAUGAUCCUUACAGCAUCCCUCUUUCCAUUCUUGCACUUCGCAAUCGGUUUUGCACUGAACACAAUUGCUAUCUUCUAUGGAUCGUUAGCAGCAAUACCAUUCGGUACAAUGGUUGUCAUGUUUGUCCUUUGGGCUUUCAUCUCUUUUCCCCUUGUGCUUUUGGGCACGGUUGUUGGUAGGAACUGGAGUGGGGCUCCUAACAAUCCCUGCCGAGUAAAGACUAUUCCACGACCAAUACCUGAGAGGAAGUGGUACCUUACACCUUCCGUUAUCUCAUUGAUGGGUGGGCUUCUUCCCUUUGGCAGCAUCUUCAUUGAGAUGUACUUUGUUUUCACAUCAUUCUGGAACUACAAGGUUUAUUAUGUCUACGGCUUCAUGUUGCUGGUCUUUGUCAUUCUUCUAAUAGUUACCAUCUGUGUCACAAUCGUGGGUACUUAUUUCCUGCUGAACGCUGAGAACUAUCAUUGGCAAUGGACUUCGUUUUUCUCUGCUGCAUCAACAGCACUAUAUGUGUAUCUGUACUCCAUCUACUACUAUCACGUGAAGACAAAGAUGUCUGGCUUUUUCCAGACAAGUUUCUACUUUGGCUACACGUUGAUGUUCUGUCUGGGUCUAGGCAUACUAUGUGGUGCUAUUGGCUAUCUAGGAUCAACUCUUUUUGUGAGGAGAAUCUACAGAAACAUCAAAUGUGAUUAAAUUCACGGUGCAUACGGGAGGGGUGGCGGUAUCAGAUCAUAUGUGGUGUUAUUGCUGUGGAAGCGAGACCUCUGAACUGGAUUAAUGCCAGUUCCUGACUGGGGUUUCAGAAACAACGCAGUAGGCCGUGCUCCCUUGGCUUACUCAAUUACACCCCAGUUCUCUUGCCUACUUAUUUCUUCCCUGGAGCUGCCCUCGUAAUGUAUACUUGUGGUAGCUGACGGAUUUAGUACAAGUGUCUGGUACAUUUAGGUUCUUAAUUUUUUUUGUUACUUUUUUUUUUCUCUUUUCAAAUCAGAAGUAGGGAGUGAGUAUCCAUGUGUUGCGGCACUGUCUGGAUUUUCCUGUCCGAAUUGUUGCAUCCAAUUCAAGGAUGUCAGUUAACAGAUUAUCGUCUAUCACGAGCAGAUCUUUGUGUUUAUAUAUAUCUCAACAUUUAUAUAUACUCUUCAGUGGGAGCUUAAACAUUGGAGUA